AUGUCCUGUGAGAAAUCCGUGUGCGUGGAGCCGUGUCCCUGCCCCUGCCCCGGGCAGUGCCCGGACCCGCGGGCGGCCGCCUGCACCGAGCCCUGUGUCAUCGCCUGCCCCGACUCGCGGGUCAUCAUCUUCCCCCCGCCCGUGGUGGUGACCUUCCCGGGGCCCAUCCUCACCACCUACCCCCAGGACACCGUGGUGGGCUCCUCGGAGUCGGCCGAGCUGGCGGGAGCGCUGGAGUCGGGCGUGGCCGUCGGGGGGGGGUCGCAGAAGGGGCUGGAGUGCCUCGAGUCCUGCUUGCGCCCCGUGCCCUCCUCCGUGUGCUCCGUGUGCUCCCUGUGCUCCGUGUGCUCCAUGUCCUCCUCCGUGUGUUCCGUGUGCUCCAUGUCCUCCUCCGUGUGCUCCGUGUGCUCCAUGUGCUCCGUGUGCUCCACCGUGCACCACCAAUGUGCCCCGCCGUGUGCCACCACCUGUGCCACCCCCUGUGCCACCAAGUGCGUGACCAAGUGCGUCCCCACCUGCACCACCCCCUGCGCUCCCCAGUGCGCGACCAAGUGCGUCCCCGAGCGCUCCUACACCUACUCCACCCGCUGGAAGCACCCCUGCCAGAGGGGCAUCUGCAAGAAGGUCAAGGCUUAA